AUGCAAGAAGACGAAGAGGGUUAUCGCGCUUUGCUGGAUGAGAAGAAGGAUCAACGUCUUGUGUACCUACUGCAGCAAACUGAUGAGUACGUAGAGAGCUUGUGUAGUCUCGUACGUCAGCAUCAGAACACAGAGAAGAAAAAGAAGAGAGAGGAACGAAAGUUAGCUAGAUUGGAAGAUACGGUUGAGAUAUCUUUCUUUCCAGAAGGAGAAGCUCGUGUACAUGUCCGUGAGACAAGUACGGGCAGGAUUCUGACGGGUGACGAAGCACCAAAACCUGACGAACUUGAAUUAUGGUUAGAGACACAUCCCGGAUUUGAGGUGUGUUCCGAG